CUGGGAGCCGGCCGGAGCUCGAGUCGCCGCCGCCGCAGGGGCGCCCGGGCCGGGGUGACGCCGCCGCCGCCCGCGACCCUCCCCGGCCCCGCCGGCAGCAUGGAGCCCUCGGAAGGCGCCGGCCCGGCAGAGCACGCUGAGGAGGUGGAGGUGCCACAGACUGCCCUGGGGGUCCUGGCCCACGGGCCGGAGGACAGCUGCCACACACCCGUGGCUGAGGAGGAGGUGGGCAUCCCAGCCCCGGGGCUGCUGCAGGUCACGGAGAGGAGGCAGCCGCUGAGCAGCGUGUCCUCCCUGGAGGUCCAUUUCGACCUGCUGGACCUCACCGAGCUGACCGACAUGUCCGACCAGGAGCUGGCGGAGGUCUUCGCUGACUCGGAUGACGAGAACGUUGCCAGCGAGUCCCCGGCAGGCCUGCACCCGCUGCCCCGGCCUGGCUGCCUGCGCUCCCCCUCCUGGACCCGGGCCAGGGCCGCGCAGAGCCGGGAGAAGCUGCCCCUGGCCGACCCGGAGCGGCAGGCCGUGCUCGUGGACACUUUCCCUGCUGUGGAGAGGCCCGAGGAACAGUAGGCGCCUUGUCCACCAGGGCCCCUGGGGCCAAGGCCAGAGCCUGGCGACACCCCCGGGACGGCCUGACCGCAGCCCUGGGUCAGAAACGCUGCCGCCUGGGAGCCCACGACCAGGAAGAUGGGGCUGUCGGCUCUGCCUUCCGGGAAGUCCUGCCUGCCGGACGGGAGCGUGUGUGUCCGUGAUUCCUGGCGAGCUCAGGGUGCAGGGACCAAGCCAGGGAACCCAUUCUGCACACGGGGACGUGAAUCUCCGUGGAGCUACCGUAGCGUCUUCCUCGUGUCGUGACUGACCAAGGGCAUCUCAGUGGACAGAGGGCUGCACUCACAGACCCUCCACACCCAGUGAUGUGGGGCUCCACUCUGGGUUCGAGUCUUCCCCCUUCCUGCUGCCCCAGGUGGUGCCGUCGAUCACCGGGUCCCUGUUUGCCCCCCGAGGGUCCAUCUCCUAUUAGCUCAGAACACCAAAAAUUGCCACCACUGCCUCAGAACUCAGCACUGCCUCCCCGACUGCUUUGGGGGGUAGGGGCUGGGGGUCCCCUCGCCCUGGGCCUGGGACAGAGGCGCGCACGCUUCUGUUCUCCGCAUUCGCACUGGCUGCACCCCCACCCGCAGCCCAUCACACGCACCUGUGCACGCACACACCUGUAUGUCUUGUCACAGGCUGCCCUGUGUCCACCGUGGGUCUGUGUUCGAGGAGGGUGAGGGAGGCCCCACAGGGGAUGUGGGGGGACCUGGGCACAGACCCUUCCCCUCAACUUAUGGACCGGCUUAGCUGCUCCCUGUGCUGCUUUUUGCGUGCUGAGGGGCAGGUCUGACAGCAAGUUAAAGAAUGGUU